CGUUGACUGCAUGUCCAGUUCUUUCUCGGCUGCUUAUAUAAGUUGCAGAGUGUGGAGAAGGAGACUCAACAAAUUGGCUUUGCUUCUUCCUUUCACCUUCACACUCCCAUUACCUCUCUCAACCUCCCUCCCUCCCUCGUCUGCAAUUUCAAUGGACGGAAUGCACCGAUGCUCUGCCAACUACUCUCCUCUCACUCCCAUCACCUUCCUGGAGCGCUCCGCCGCCGUCUACGGUGAAAGACUUUCUCUCGUCCAUGGAACUGUCCGCUACACUUGGACAGAGACGCUCGAGCGAUGUACCAGACUCGCCUCUGCCCUGGUUGACAUCGGGAUCUCUCGCCGCGACGUGGUUGCUGCUUUGGCACCCAACAUUCCAGCUAUGUACGAGCUUCAUUUUGCUGUGCCAAUGGCCGGCGCAGUUCUUUGCACCCUCAACAUGCGCCACGAUGCGGCAAUGAUUUGUACAUUGCUGAGACAUUCAGAAGCCAAAAUCAUUUUUGUAGACUACCAAUUUCUACAUAUUGUCAAAGGAGCAAUCGAAAUUAUGUCCAAGACGACGGAAGAGCUGCCUCGCGUUGUGAUCAUUAAAGAGUCUGAUCAGCAAUCCUCCUACACCAAUGGAUUCGACUCCAGUUCAGAUGAUUUAGAGUUCGAGAGGCUUUUAGGCACUGGAAAACUUGAUUUCGAGAUCAGACGUCCUCAAGAUGAAGAUGAUCCAAUUUCCCUGAACUAUACUUCAGGCACAACAUCAAGGCCAAAGGGUGUGAUUUACUCCCACAGAGGUGCUUAUCUCAAUACUCUGUCCACAAUCCUUAUAAACAAUAUGUGCUCGAUGCCUGUGUAUUUGUGGACUGUUCCAAUGUUUCACUGCAAUGGAUGGUGUUUAACUUGGGGCGUGGCUGCACAAGGCGGCACAAACAUCUGCCAAAGAAAUGUGACUGCUAGAGAUAUCUUUGCCAACAUUUCUGAGCACAAGGUCACUCACAUGGGCGGUGCGCCAACAGUGUUGAACAUGAUCAUCAAUGCACCAAUUACCGAACAGAAGCUGCUUCCGGGGACUGUAACCGUGAUGACCGGUGGCGCUCCUCCGGCCUCUCAUGUACUCCACAAAAUGAAAGAAUUUGGAUUCCUUAUUGUCCAUUCAUACGGCUUGACAGAAACACACGGGCCAGCAACAGUUUGCAGUUGGAAACCUGAAUGGGAUUCUCUUCCUGAAGAUAAGCAAGCAAAGCUGAAAUCCCGCCAAGGAUUGCAGCAUGUUGGGCUGCAGGGAGUGGACAUAAAGGAUCCAAUCACCAUGGAAAGUGCUCCGGCUGAUGGAAAAACCAUAGGGGAGGUUAUGCUCAGAGGCAACACUGUGAUGAGUGGAUAUUUCAAAGAUCUUAAAGCCACAGAGGAAGCUUUCAGUGGCGGAUGGUUUCGAACAGGGGACUUGGGGGUCAGGCACCCUGAUGGUUACAUCGAAUUGAAGGAUCGAUCAAAGGACAUCAUAAUUUCUGGGGGAGAAAACAUCAGCUCGAUUGAAGUUGAGUCGGCGCUUUUCAGUCACCCAUCAGUUCUUGAAGCUGCCAUUGUGGGACGCCCGGAUGAUCACUGGGGCGAAACGCCAUGUGCUUUUGUGAAGCUCAAGGAUGGGCGUAGUGCUUCUGAAGAAGAGAUCAUCAAGUUUUGCAGAGACAAUUUACCUCAUUACAUGGCUCCAAGAAGCGUUGUAUUCAGAGAUUUGCCGAAGACUUCGACUGGGAAAAUUCAGAAGUUCAAGCUGAAGGAGGAGGCGAAGGCGAUGGGCAGCCUCACCACAAAGAGGUCGACUAAAUAAAUUAGUGAAGGAUGAGA